AUGGAUAUUGUAAGAAGCAAAGAAUGGCUUGAGGCUCUAAGUCUUUUUCAUGAAAUUUCUCAGAUGGGAUUGGUUCCUAAUAUUGUUACUUACACCACUCUUAUAGGUGGUUUCUGCAAUGUGGGAAAACCUCUUGUUGCAAAACAACUUUUAAAGGAGAUGCGAGCCUGUGGCCAACAUCCUGAUAUUGUGACCUACUGUACUUUAUUAGAUGGACUGUGUAAGAACCAAUGUCUUGCCGAGGCAAUGGCCUUGUUUCGAGAGAUGGAAGAAAGUGGACUGCAUCUUAAUAUUGUGGCUUACAGCAUCCUCAUUGAUGGUAUGUGCAGAGCUGGAAACAUUAAAGAUGCAAGAGAACUCUUUUGUAGUCUUUCUUCCAAAAGGUUGCGACCUGUUGUUUGCACAUACAACAUUAUGAUCAAUGGGUUCUGCAAGGAAGGUUUGUUAAGCGAAGCAAACAUGUUGCUCAAGAAAAUGGAAGAGAGUGGUUGCUCACCGGAUGCUUUAACUUACAAUAUAAUUGUCCAGGGAUUUCUUCGAAACAAUGAGAUGCUAAGGGCAAUGCAACUUAUUCAAGAAAUGGUUGAGAAGGGAUUCUCUACUAAUGCAGGUACUAUGACCCUGUUAUUGAAUUUAUCAAAUAAUAGUGGAUUGGAUGAGUCAGUUUUGGAGAUGCUAAAUAAGUUUCUGUGAUCUCUAUUGGGUUCACUGAUGUUAGGUAGAAGUUUUAUAUUUUGUUGGCCUUGCAGUGUGUUGUAUGUAUGGCCAAUUGAUGCUUGCAUCAGUGUCGUUUUCAUGUUUUUCGGGUGAGAAUUGUUAUUGUAUGAGAAGUACGAAGAAAGAAAGCAAAGUUGCUGCUUAAUGCUUUGGGUAGUGAAUUUGUGGGAGAUCUACUUCCUCCUUUGGUAUGCCAGAAUAGUUGAAUAUUUAUAGGGUCAUGUCAUGCAACUGCCAACUGAGAUUGGGGUGACUUCAAAGCUAGACUGAAUUACCAUCCAACAACAGUUUGUAUAUAUAUUUUUGGUAUUGCAUCUAUGUGAACAAGGGCAUAGCUUUAA